CGUACGCGUCAACCGCGUACGUACCGAUCUGAAUAAUGUAACUGGCGAUUUUUAAUUACAAUACAAUGGUCGUACGUUUCGCAACGAAAAAAGUCUUUCUUUCAGUUCUGUUCGAUGUUUCGCGGUGGCUGGGUGGGUCGGAGGGCUUCUCUAAACACAAACAGCUAAAACGUCGUCUCGUCGACGUUGACACUUUUCAAAAUUAGGGUGAAUAACAUUGAAAAGGGAGGUGAAGAAACGACAAAAAUCUCUUUCAAAUCCCUGUUUCGCAAAAUACGUUCUUCGAAAUCGUAUGUCAAUUCGCGUGUGCACGUUAUCGUUAUCAAAUAGUGCGCGCUUCCAAGGACAAAUCCAUUCAACAUGGCAACUAUAGUGAAGGCCCUCGUUCGGGGAUAUCGAUAUCUGAACGAUGAAGUGUCAGAUCCAAGAACGAAAGAUUGGUUUCUUAUGAGAACACCAUGGCCAGGAAUGAUGUUAUUAGGACUUUACCUACAUUUUGUAUACAGCCUCGGUCCCAGACUUAUGGAAAAUAGACAACCAUUCAAACUUGACAGGAUAAUGCAAAUAUAUAAUAUUGUGCAAGUUGUUCUUAGUUCGGUUCUUCUAUACAGAGCACUCGUUUUGGCUUGGCUCUGGGAUUACAGCUUUGUUUGUGAACCUGUAGACUUUUCUAAUAAUACUAAAGCUAUAGAGAUAGCUGGAACAGUAUGGUUGUAUUUCAUAGUAAAAAUCAUAGAUCUCCUAGACACCGUUUUUUUUGUACUACGAAAAAAGUACAAUCAAAUUUCCUUUCUUCAUGUGUAUCAUCAUGCUGGUAUGGUUGGUGGUGCAUGGGGAGCAGUCAAAUUCCUUCCAGGUGGUCACGUCACAUUUUUAGGUCUAAUUAAUUCCUUCGUCCACAUCGUAAUGUACACUCACUACUUGGCAACUUCGCUAAAACUGGGAAAACCCUGGUGGAAGAAAUACAUUACUCAAUUACAAUUGGUUCAGUUUUUCUUAAUUCUCUUCCACUUUUUGCAACUCGUUUGGGUGAAAAAUUGUGGCUUCCCAAGAUGGCCAGCGGCAGUGAUGAUUCCACAAAAUCUUUUCAUGAUCGUGCUUUUCGGCGAUUUUUAUUAUAAAACCUAUGUGAAGAAAAAGCCCGUCAAAGUCGUCGAGCAAAAUGGAGUUUCCAAGAAUACGUCAUGUGGAAAAUCGAAAAGUCAAUAAAAAUAGUAUAUUAAUAUUGGAUCUUGUAUUCUGAGCACUGCAUUCGAGAUUUUUAAUGAUAAAUCACUUGAAUAUUGGAAAUUUUCACGAUCAAGGUGAAUUAUGGAUAGUUUAUUAAUUGGAGAUGAAUGAGAAAUUUUUGUGUUUCUUACUAUUUAAUUCUAAAUUUAGUUUGAAAUCUAUUAACUAUUCUUUAAUCUCUUGAAUUCAGCGUGAUUCACUGGUUUCGUGAAAAUACCCUAUGUUCAUUUUGUUAAUCAGUGUGAUUGAGACUGAAAACCCAUGUCGAUUAAGACCCAAUCUAUAUACAGUUAUUAUUCCACAAGUGACAAUUCAGUCAAGAUUCCAUUACGCUUUUUUUCUCAAACUCAUCAUGUAUUUAAGAUCGCCGUCAUUUUUCACUUUCAAAACGCGCACAAAAUAUGCUUUGCCAGCAAUCUCAACUUCCGUCGCAAUGCAGAAAAAGAAAAAGAACUCAUUUUUUGGAUUCAUUUUUUACAUCACAUUCUUAAGUUUAGCAACGCCAUAAUUUUUCAGGACUUUUUACACACUGAAUUCAAUGAAUAGAGAGUUUUAUUCAUUGGAUUCAGUGCACAGUCCUCUGCAUAUUUGUUAACGUUUCGCAAAUAAUUAUUAGGCGCAAAGUAGAAGUAGGACGCAAUCAGGGCAUAAACCUGUGUGCAUCUUGACGCACUUUGUGCAGUUCUGAUUUCAAAGAGUACAAUUCUAAAUUGAAAAAAUUAUAGUCGAAAACUUCUUGUUUGAAAAAAAAACUUCCAAGUAGAAGAGAAUUCAAAAAAAUACUAGACAUCUAGCCAAUAACACAUAACUAGUAUUUUUUCUUUUCAUUUGAAUCAGUUAAACUUUGUACCCAUUUUUAACAGUGAAUGAAUUCUCAUCGUGAAUCAGUUGAUUUUUUUACUGAUUGAUCAAUCAAGAUUACCGAUUCCUCAGUACAAAUUACUUAUUUAUUGAUAGAAUCCAGUCACUGAUAGCCAUUAGUAAAAUACGUAACUAAUCCAAAUUGAGAUUGUUGAAUUCGACUUCUUUGUUGCUUUUGGAUUAAAAUGAACAAUUUGAAAGAAAAAAUAAGUCGGAUAAUAUUUAGGGGUCACUCAUCGCUAAUUUAUAAGGAAUAUAAAUGAUGCGGCUUAUUAAAAUGUGUAACUUUUUUAUACUUUUUUAUUUAAUUAUGCAUAUUUAAGGAUAUAUGCGAAGAGAAGAUGCUU